AUGGGGCCCCCGGGCAAUAGGGGAUUAUGGGGCCCCUGUAUCCUCACCCACACUCAAACCACACCCAAAAAAGCAUAUGAAAGGUACCAGGGGCAUUUCAUGGGGCACCCUACUGAACCCAGGCCCUCGGACAGUGCCCAAGUUCUCUAAUGCCACAGGGAGCAAACCUAACAGUAGUUCUAACCAGGGGUGGACUGACAACUCAUGGGGUCCGCGGGCAAUAGGGGAUCAUGGGGCCCCUGUGUCCUUGCCCAAACUCAAAAAAGCCUAUGAAAAAGGUACCAGGGGCAUCUUAUGGGGCCCCCUACUGCCUGAGUUUCCAAAUGGUCAGUCCACCCCUGGUUCUAACCCUUCCUGACUCUAUCCAAAAC